AUGAGUGCAGCCCGUUUGAAGAAUGCUUCAGUAGCAAUUGAAGAUUUGCUCAAAGAAUAUGACAUUCGUCUGCGACCAUCGUUCGGAAAUGAACCAUUAUUAUUAGAUAUUGAAAUUCGUUUAGCAAGUUUUGAUAGUAUAUCUGAAGUUAAUAUGGAUUAUACAUUAACACUUUAUUUAAAUCAAUAUUGGCGUGAUGAUCGUUUAGUAUUUGGUAAUACAAGUGAAGAAAUGACAUUAACUGGUGAAAUAAUUGAUAGAUUUUGGUUACCUGAUACAUUUUUUCCAAAUGAUAAAAGUGCAUACUUACAUGAUGUAACAGAAAAAAAUAAAAUGAUACGUUUAAAUGGUAAUGGAGAAAUUCUUUAUGGUAUGAGAUUUACAAGUACAUUAGCAUGUAUGAUGGAUUUACGACGAUAUCCACUUGAUAGACAAAAUUGUACAGUUGAAGUUGAAUCAUAUGGUUAUACACAAGCUGAUGUUAUUAUGCGUUGGAAACAUGGCCGUGCAUCUGUAUUAGAUCUUGAUAAAGUUCAAUUACCACAAUUUACAAUAACUGGCUAUGAUACAAUAUCAUAUGGACUUUAUUUAGCAACAGGUGUUUAUCAACGUCUUUCGCUGAGUUUUAUUCUUCAACGAAAUAUAGGCUAUUUCUUAUUUCAAACUUAUCUUCCUUCAAUUCUUAUUGUCAUGUUAUCUUGGGUAAGCUUUUGGAUCAAUCAUGAAGCAACAAGUGCACGUGUAGCAUUAGGUAUUACUACUGUUUUGACAAUGACAACAAUAUCAACUGGUGUUCGAUCAUCUCUACCACGUAUAUCUUAUGUUAAAGCAAUUGAUAUUUAUUUAGUUAUGUGUUUUGUAUUUGUAUUUGCCGCUUUACUUGAAUAUGCAGCUGUUAAUUAUCUUUAUUGGGGUACGAGAGCAAAAAGACGAAAACGAAAAAAACAAGAAAAUCAUACAAAAACAGAGAGUCAUGCUGAUUAUGAACUAGUUGAAGAAGGUGGUGGUCGAGCAUCACCUAUACUUGGUUUACGUCCUCCUAAUUCAAUUAAUCGUCGAGUAACCACAGCAACAACAUCAUUUGAUGAAAAUUGUUUAACUCGACGAAAUAAUCUUACGGUUGAUAAUCAACUACCACGUAUUCGUCCUAUUUUACGAGGAAAUCCUGGAUUAUAUUCAUCAUCAAUAAAUCGAAAUCUGCGUCACCAACGAAUGAAUCGUCUUUUAAAUCAUGUACGAACUCGUGUUGUAAGUAUACGUCAACAUAUACCACAUGUACAGGAUGUUAACGACAUUGACAAGUGGUCACGUCUCUGUUUUCCUAUACUUUUUAUACUUUUCAAUGCAAUAUAUUGGCCAUAUUAUAUAGCUCGACCACAAACAUCUAACUAG